UGAUGCUGGUGGUGUUAGUAAGGCAUUAUACACGGCGACUUUUUUUCUAUUUUUUAGAAAGCGUGGCUGUUGUUGUGUGUGUGUUUAUAUUUAUUUAUUUUUUUCUAUUUAUUUAUGUAAAUAUUUUUAUUUUUCUAUUUAUUUUUUACAAACCUCGUCUCUCUAAAAAUGCUUUUUCUCUCUUACGAAACCAAAAAAAAAUUUUUUUGUUUGUCUAA